GCUUCACAUGAACAUAACAUUGAGAGAGCUUCUAGUUUGGUUCAGUCUGACACGACAGGAACUCCGAGGCUACAGAUGCAUCGACGCUGGGUUAAUUCAUCUUAAAAUCCUAGUCCAAUUACCAUGCAGACAGGAGGAGAAAACCCUCCGUGUCCACCGCCGAGCAACUGAAGCCCGUGAGCUCUUUCCUCAUGACAGCAGGACUGGAGAUGCGCGCGGGGCUCUCGUGGGCUCUGUCUUCAGGGCGAGAUAGCUAGACUUUUCUAAUCUUGUCUGUAAGCCGCUUGUUUCUCUUCCACCAAAGAGCUGCGAGUGGGAUUUCCUUCGUCAGAUUAGACUUUUCUCCAGCUCGCUUAUUAUCAUGGAGAUGCACACGGACGUCCUACUGGUGACUGCAAACGUCGGAUCACUGUUUGACAAUGUGGGUGAGAUUGAAGGAGACUGGCUGCGCGAGUUCUUCACGACGGUGCACAUGUAUAAGCCACGCUUCGUCGCCCUGCACUUUCAGGAAGUUGGUGGAAAGGAUUAUAUGAUGAACAUGGGCCACGCAGAGAACUUCUUCUGGUCCAUAGAGUCCAGCUCUGAGAUGGCCGACUUCGACAGAGUCUGUGUAUAUGUAGACAGUCAUUUCAAGGCUGUUGACAGUUUCACGGCUCUGGGAAGCAUGUAUUUCAUCCACAAGUCACUGAAAAAUAUCCUACAAUAUGACUUCAAUGUGAAUGAGUUUAAAGACGUCUCAGGACAUAACAAGUACGUGGGUUCACUGGAAGGAGUGACUUCCAUGGAAAAAGAGAAAUUCCCAAAGAACUUUUGGCCUGAUUUCAAGUGGUCCAGAAAAGGCUACAUGAGGACACGAUGGCUCAUUCACAACCAGGGUUUAGAUUUGGUGAACGUUCACCUGUUUCACGACGCCUCCAACCUCAUCGCCUGCAACUCUAGUCCAUCAGUGUAUUCUGGAAACCGCAAGAAAGCGCUCAGAUACGUCAUCAACAGGAUAUCAGAUAGCAGCUACAGUCCUUUCCCCUUCUUUCUGUUUGGGGAUUUCAAUUUCCGCCUUGACACACUCAGUCUAGUACAGAACCUCUCCAUGUCGGCUGAUAUCCAGACGGUGAAAAAAGACAGCAGCAACGAGGUCGAAAAGAUCAUCUGUGAAGAGAAGGACAACGACCAUAAGGUCCUCCUUCACAUAGAGACCAAGUUAUUUGCUUACUUGCACCAGGCCGUGUUCAGAGAAAACAACGGGAAAGAGCUGCUGAAGUACGAUAAGGAGAUCUCUGAAUUUGACGACGUCCUCACAGAGGAGGAGAUCCACUUUCCUCCCAGUUAUCCAUACAGUGAAGACUACACUAAACCUACACAGUACAUGAACACGCGAUGCCCGGCAUGGUGCGACCGCAUCCUAAUGUCCCACAGCGCCUCAGACAUCAUCCACCGGAGUGAAGAGGAUGAGAUUGGUGUUGUGUAUGACACACUGGGCUCCAACAUCUGCAUGGGAGACCACAAGCCGGUUUUCCUGUUUUUUCAGAUGAAGUCGAUCACACAUUGACACACAGUACUGGUAGAGUCAAAGGGGCUUCCUGUGCUGUUGACGUGUAUCUAGAGGUUAUUCUGUGGACAUCUCUGCCGAUCACAAAAAGCACACACACACACACACACACACAGUAAGACAUGAGCAGACCCCUACAACACCCAGCGCACAGGACUGCCAAACUCAAGUCUGCACAAAACACAGGAACUGUUUAUUUCUGAAAGCCGUGUCCUCUGCUUUCACGAUAUACAUUUAACAAAGACUUCAAGUAUGUUCAGUGUGACUUCAGAAAUACCUGAACGAAGAAAAACAGGACACAAUCAAGAAAGACCGAGAGAAAGAACACAAAGGCACUUCUCAAAGCUCUCGACUCCUCACUUUUCGGUUCACACUUUACAUAGAGUAUGUAAACUUACACGGAUUACAGUGGCGAAGCUUUAAAAUUACAACUCCAUUCGUUUGCUUUCACAGUAGGCUACUCUUGUGAAUACAAGUAUGCAAAAAAAAGAUAGAGAAAGUAGCACAUCAUAUCCAAACGCGAGCUGCUGCGUCGCACAAGCUUUGGUUGCUGUUUCAAUCUGGAAUAUGAAAUUGCUUUGCAUUGCAGUUCAUCAUACGCAUUUCAAAGGGUGUAGGGCUCGUUCUGGUAAAACACUGUUCAGCUAGUAGCUUUUCAGUUCUUAUACUUCUUGCAUGUGCGGUUAUAGAUUCAUAAGCGCAUGUUUUUGCAUUUACACUGGCCUCAGCACUUAACGGCUGUCAGCUUCAGUCAUUGUCUCUGCGGGGUUGUUAGUCAGACUCUCGGAUCGAUAGAAUAUGUACAGGACAGCAAGGGACAAGUUAUAAAACCAUUAGCGCUUGUGAAUUAUGGAAAUCCCACCCAGAGUGCCCUGGCCUGGAAGCCCCCCAGACUUUUAAUUAGAGCACUAGAGCAAUGUGAAAGCUAGUGUGGAGCGUAGCGUGCUUGUUGUUUUAAGUGCGUGUCGAAUCUUGGGUAUCUGGUAUUGUUUAAUAAAGUUUAUCAGCUCUGUAUAGUAUCUCAAUGGUGUUGGUCCAGCGUUAAGUCCGUUUAAAGCUAAUCAUAAUGACCAGUUAUCAUAUUUUGUCUGGUUAAUAUGCUGGUUUGUAAAUUGCUUUAUUCAAUGCUUUAUGAAAUUACUUUAAAUUGUAAAUACGUAGCGCUUCUUAACUGUUAUUGAAUCACCUUGUUUCGUUUUAAUUGUUGAGGAAAUGUUUAGAGUCACAUAUGCUCCGAAAAAAGGAUAGUUCACCCAAAAAUGAAAAAUGGCGGUAAACAAACAGUUGAUGGUAGCCAUUGCAUUUUUCCAUACAAUGGAAGUCAAUGGCUACCAUUAACUGUUUUUUUUUUACCAACAUUCAUCAAAAUAUCUUCUUUUGCUGAAAUAAAUUCACACAGGUUUGGAACAACUUUUGAAUGUGUCAUUUUCGGGAGAGCUGUCCCUAAAUAAUCAGACGCUGGCACACUUUUAUAGUAAAAUGUCCCUUUAAAUGCAACAUGUUCCUCAUUUCAAAUCCAAAGCAAACAAUUUACAAACAACCUCUACAAGCAAUUAAAUCCAGAUAUGACAGGGCCGUGGUUUCUCACCCAACAUGAAUUUAUUGAUUGAGUCGAUAGAAUCUGAACACCCCAUGCAUAAUUUACGCACAAGGGUUAAAUGGUACGGCCCACCUGUCAAUAAUGGACUUGUUGUAGUUGAUUCAUGGUAUGGUCAACAUAAUUUACUGUUCUCGAGGGCAUCGCUUCAAACCGUGGUUCAAUAGAAGGCCACGGAGCCGCGCUAGGAACGGCAUUGAUGUCAUUUAGCAUUUGAGAUUUUACAGAAAAACACAAACACUACAGUCUUUUGAGAUUUAUGUGCACAGUUAUUAGCAUGCUAAAUUAAACGUGUAUGUAGCCAUUCAUGUUUGGGGAACUAUUUUACUUUGCAGUGAUGUGAGCAUUUUUUUUUUUUUUUUGCAAUUGUGAAAUUAGACACAUUGCUUAUUUUAUGUUAACCUUUUUCUUAAAGUUAUUUCUACUUUCUGUUUCUUUCAUUCUUCUUUUCUUUUUUAUUAAAACUGUUAGACUUGUUUGAGGCGGUGGAAUGGGAUCUGCCGAGACGUGUUGAAAAAUCCUUUCUAUAUUAUUCAAUAUUUUCUAUCCAGAAAAUGGAUAGUGGUGGAAAGUUUAAGAUAAAUGGUGACUGCUGGGCCAAGGGAGACUUGUCGAUAAGAUCAUAACAUUUGCCAUUUGAAAUUAUGGGUUGUUCAUAAGGCUUAAACACAAAAAUAAAUCUGAAAUAAUAUUCAUCCAUAAAAAAUUGCAGAAGCAGAAAAAGUGAUUGACACACAAUACUUGAUACUGUGCCAAAUAUUCGUUUGUUUCCUCACUUUUUUUGUUCCAUUUUGUGACUUGUGACAAACCUUGUGUUUGGUAAAAUGCAGUAAGAUAGCUGUACCUCGUGUGCUGCCGAAUGUGGACUGGCCUGAAACGCUCUAAAGAAACUGUACUAUAUCUUCUGCAGCACCUAUGAAUGUCUUUUCUUAAAUAUAUUAUGUCUUAUUUCCUAAUAAAAUGUAUAUAUUCAUCAA